GACCGGCUCCUCAUCAAAGGGGGACGAAUCAUCAACGAUGACCAGUCCUUCUACGCCGACGUCUACCUGGAGGACGGCCUUAUCAAACAAAUAGGAGAGAACUUAAUCGUUCCUGGUGGAGUGAAGACCAUUGAGGCCAAUGGGCGGAUGGUUAUACCUGGGGGUAUCGAUGUCAACACGUACCUGCAGAAGCCGUCCCAGGGGAUGACUGCUGCUGAUGACUUCUUCCAGGGGACCAGGGCAGCAUUAGCAGGCGGGACCACGAUGAUCAUUGACCAUGUGGUCCCAGAACCUGGGUCCAGCCUGCUGACCUCCUUUGAGAAAUGGCAUGAAGCAGCUGAUACCAAAUCCUGCUGCGACUACUCCCUCCAUGUGGACAUCACGAGCUGGUAUGAUGGCAUUCGGGAGGAGCUGGAGGUGCUGGUGCAGGAUAAAGGCGUCAACUCCUUCCAAGUCUACAUGGCCUAUAAGGAUCUCUACCAGAUGUCUGAUAGCCAGCUCUACGAAGCCUUCACCUUCCUGAAGGGGCUGGGAGCGGUAAUCCUGGUCCACGCGGAAAACGGUGAUUUGAUAGCUCAGGAACAAAAGCGGAUCUUAGAGAUGGGCAUCACGGGUCCCGAGGGCCACGCUCUGAGCAGACCCGAGGAGCUGGAGGCCGAGGCCGUGUUCCGCGCCAUCACCAUCGCCGGCCGGAUCAACUGCCCCGUGUACAUCACCAAGGUCAUGAGCAAGAGCGCGGCCGACAUCAUCGCCCUGGCCAGGAAGAAAGGUCCCCUCGUUUUUGGUGAGCCCAUUGCUGCCAGCCUGGGGACCGACGGCACCCAUUACUGGAGCAAGAACUGGGCCAAGGCGGCAGCCUUCGUGACCUCCCCUCCCCUGAGCCCAGACCCGACCACGCCUGACUACCUGACCUCCCUGCUGGCCUGUGGAGACCUGCAGGUCACCGGUAGUGGCCACUGUCCCUACAGCACUGCCCAGAAGGCAGUGGGCAAGGACAACUUCACCCUGAUCCCCGAGGGCGUCAACGGGAUCGAGGAGCGUAUGACCGUCGUCUGGGACAAGGCAGUGGCUACCGGCAAAAUGGACGAAAACCAGUUUGUCGCUGUCACCAGCACCAAUGCGGCCAAGAUCUUCAACCUGUAUCCCAGGAAAGGGCGGAUCGCCGUGGGCUCGGACGCCGACGUGGUCAUCUGGGACCCCGACAAAGUGAAGACCAUCACGGCCAAGAGUCACAAGUCGGCGGUGGAGUACAACAUCUUCGAAGGCAUGGAGUGCCACGGCUCCCCGCUGGUGGUCAUCAGCCAGGGCAAGAUCGUCUUCGAGGACGGCAGCAUCAACGUCAACAAGGGCAUGGGCCGCUUCAUCCCGCGGAAGCCUUUCCCCGAGUACCUCUACCAGCGCGUCAGGAUCAGGAGCAAGGUCUCUGGAUUACAAGGGGUCCCCAGGGGCAUGUAUGACGGCCCCGUGUACGAGGUGCCAGCUACACCCAAAUAUGCAACUCCCGCUCCUUCUGCCAAAUCCUCGCCUUCCAAACACCAGCCUCCGCCCUUCAGGAACCUCCACCAGUCCAACUUCAGCUUAUCAGGUGCCCAGACAGAUGACAACAACCCCAGGCGCACCGGCCACCGCAUCGUGGCGCCCCCUGGGGGCCGCUGCAACAUCACCAGCCUCGGUUGACGGCGGAGCGGAGGAGCUCGAGUGAAGGAUUCUGGGAAUACUGUCCACUCCUUCCCCGGCUGUGUCUUUCAAGCCCAUAGUUUUUUUCGGUACGAUGGGGGACACCUCGAAUGCUGUUCUUCCCUUUUUCGUUUAGGAGGAAGUGGUUCUAGUGUGGUUCGUUUGCUUGGCAACCCCGUGCCCCGCAGUUGUGUCCACGCCGAUGCCCACUCGAGCUCGGCGCCUUUCCCC